CGUUUUUGUGAAGCGAGUGUGGUGCUUGAACGAAUGUAGGUGGCGUCGAAAGUGCCUCGCUGCUCCGGCUGAAAAUUUGCGCCUUGUCAGUGAUUGUUUUUACCUGAAAUUGACGCUAGAGAUCAUGACUGGCACAGAUCUUGCAGUCUCUAAGGUUGUUGUGCAUCCGCUGGUUCUCCUCAGCGUUGUGGAUCACUUCAAUCGCAUGGGGAAGAUCGGCCACCAAGAAAGAGUUGUCGGCAUCUUACUCGGCUCCUGGAAAGAAAAGGGUGUUUUGGACGUUUCUAACAGCUUUGCUGUUCCGUUCGACGAAGAUGACAAAGACAAGACUGUCUGGUUUCUGGAUCACGACUACCUCGAAAACAUGUAUUCUAUGUUCAAGAAGGUGAACGCCCGGGAGCGCAUUGUUGGCUGGUACCACACUGGUCCAAAUUUGCACCCUAGCGACAUUCCUAUCAACGAGCUGGUGCGAAGGUACUGCAGCACUUCUGUGCUUGUCAUCAUUGAUGCUCAGCUGCUCUCUAUCGGCCUACCCACAGAAGCAUACAUAGCUGUUGAGGAAGUUCACGAUGAUGGCACUCCGACGACCAAGACGUUCGAGCAUGUCCCCAGUGAAAUUGGAGCAGAGGAAGCUGAGGAGGUUGGGGUUGAGCAUUUACUUCGUGACAUCAAGGACACCACUUUGGGCACACUUUCACAGAGGAUAACCAACCAACUGAUGGGCUUGAAAGGACUUCAAGGCCAGGUGCAUCACAUAAGAGAAUAUCUGGAGCAAGUGGUAAUGGGUACACUGCCAGUCAACCACACCAUCAUCUACCAGCUCCAAGACAUAUUCAACUUGCUGCCUGAUGUGGGUCUCCAGGACUUUGUCAAAUCUCUCUAUAUCAAGACAAAUGACCAGAUGUUAGUUGUGUACCUGGCAUCUUUGGUGCGCUCUGUUGUGGCCCUACAUAACCUCAUCAACAACAAGAUCACCAACCGUGAUGCUGAGAAAAAGGAGUCUGCAAAAAAAGAUGAGCCAAAGGAGAAGAAACCCGAAGAGAAAAAGAAAGAAGUCAAGGCGUGAGCCACCCGUUUUUGAGCAGCUG